AAGGUGAGCCUCGCCGACUUCGAGCUCGUCGCGGUGUUGGGGCGGGGCGGCUUCGGGACGGUGCUCCAGGUCCGCGGCCGGACGGACGGCCGCGUCUACGCGAUGAAGGUCUUCAAGAAGGCGGAGCUGCGGAAGCGGCGGCAGAUCGAGCGCACGCGCACGGAGCGCCACAUCAUCCAGCAGGCGGACCACCCCUACAUCGUCAAACUGCGCUACGCGUUCCAGACGCCCGCGAAGUUGUACAUGGUCAUGGACUUUGCGCAGGGCGGCGACUUCUUCAGCUUCCUGCGGCGCUUCCGGCGCCUCGACGAGGCCUGGGCGCGCUUCUAUCUGGCGGAGCUCGCGCUCGCGCUCCAGCACCUCCACGACAUCGCCGUCGUCUACCGCGACCUCAAGCCGGAGAACGUGCUCAUGGACGGCGGCGGCCACGCGAUGCUCGCGGAUUUCGGGCUGCGGCGCCAGCAGCAGCAGCUCGGCGAGUGGAAGAACCCGCUCGUCGCGACGCGGUCGUACUGCGGCACGGAGCAGUACAUGGCGCCGGAGAUGCUCCUCCAGCGCGCGCACACGCGGGCCGUCGACUGGUGGGGGCUGGGUUUGCUGGCCCACGAGAUGGUCGCGAGCCGCCACCCGUUCCAGGGCGCGUCGCACGGCGAGACGCUGCGGAACAUGGUCCGCGCGGAGCCCGACCUCGACCCGCGGCUCACCGACGACUGCGCGGCGCUCAUCCGGGGCCUCCUCUGCAAGCACGCGCCGCGGCGCCUGGGCACGAAGCGCGGCGCCGUCGAGCUCGCGCGCGACCCCUUCUUCAAGCACCGCGUCGACUGGGCGCGCGUCGCGCGCCGGGAGGCCGAGCCGCCGUACCGGCCCAACUGCGCGUCCGACGCGGACGUGGGCCACUUCGACGCCGAGUUCACGGACGAGGCGCCGCGCGACUCGGACUACAAGCCGCGGCCGGGCGCCGGCGACGGCCGGGGACGCAACCGCGACUACUUCUUCGACCUCUUCACGCUGAACUUCUCCAAGCGCGGCGCGGCCGCGCCGCGCGACGCGUCCCACUGCGGCGAGUUCGCCGGCUUCUCCUACAACCCGAGCCACCUCGACACCUAG